AUGCUGCUUCAGCGUCUUGUGAUACUUAUCUACUCCCUGUGGUCGCUGCUGCACCGCAUCAAGCACAAGAAAUGGCUUCUGCUUGUAAUCGUCAGCUUUUACAUGGGCUUACGAUCUACACAGAAGGAACCGGUAGUGGGAGAGCCGCGUGAAGUUCUUAUCAAUCACAUGAUCACAGAGACAAAGGACGAUGGCAUUCACAUGGCACCGACGCUCGUACGAACGCCAUGGACUAACACGAGUUUUGAAUGUGUAGGCUGGAAGCGUAUUCAGUCGUGUAGACAAGAGAAGCCGAAAGAUAUAGUAGACAUUACGCCAGAGCCUGAGAAGGACUUUAUGGGAUGCUCAGAGGAGAUCGGGACACAGAUGGCAGGCUACUGUAUCGUACGAAAUCGCACGUCUGGUGACUUGUACAAGCUCAUGGUCACCUCCUGCGACUCGCUGCCUACAGAGUAUUUUUUCACGUGCGACAUGGCUCGCGAUUUUUCCGAGUUUGGAUAUUACUCGGCAGAAUAUAAACACACACCUGUGGCGCCAACGUUGGCGUUGCCGCUCGCCGCGACUAGCAAGCGUCAGCCAACAAAUGGUGUGGUGAUGAUUAUUUAUGAUCGUAUAUUGCCUUCGGCGUAUGCUACGAUUCGGAUGUUGCGCGCUCAGGGCUGCGAGCUUCCUGUUGAGUUAUGGUAUCGGCCCGAUGAAAUGUCAAUCGACAACCCCAUCAUUUACAAGCUGUUGUCGGACUUCAAUGUACGGGUGCGGCCAAUCUUUGACCGUCGUGCGAUGGGGUUUCAUGUCAAGCCGUAUGCAGUAUACUACAGUAACUUUGACAAUAUUUUGCUGCUGGAUGCCGACAACUUGCCAGCGAAAGACCCAACGUAUUUGUUCGAGGAGCCGGAAUUCCUACAAACGGGUGCCAUCUUCUGGCCUGACUACUGGCAGCCAUCCAACUCUCUCUUUCAAUUAUCGAACACAAGUCUUUUGUGGCAGCUCACAGGCGUGAGUUAUGUGGAUAUGUUCGAACAAGAAAGUGGCCAGGUACUGAUCGACAGACUGCGUAGCAAGCGCGCGCUAGACAAGCUGAUGUAUUACUCGACACAUCAACCUCGGUUACUGGAGCAAUUGCACCUUAUUUGGGGAGACAAGGAUCUCUUCCGACUGGCUUGGCUCAACACCAGCCAGCCAUUCCACUUCAUUAGAUAUCCACCUGCAGUUGGCGGAUUGAAUUUGCAGGAAGAGAAGGGCGUAUUUUGUGGACUCGCUAUGAUUCAGCACGAUGUGCAGGGCAAUCUCGUGUUCUUUCACCGAAACUCCAUCAAGCUGGACGGCAAGCCGGACCAACCGCGGAUUAUGAGCCAUAUCCAGGAGUAUUCGCUGGAAGGAAACCCCCGCGAUUACCGUAUCUUCCAGGCCGUGCACGCGUACAAAGAGUGCUGCUACUACGUUGGCACGGACUCAUUGCCGGAUGGACGGCCAGCUACCCAGAUUACACCCAUUGACUCGACAAUAUACGCGUCCAUUGAGGAACUUGCGAUUCAAUUCUCCGUUGAGGCGCGGCAACUGCUACUCGAUGACGCAAUGACCAACGAUUUCCGCUUUCUGUCUAUGCGCGUGCAGUAUAUCGUGGCACUGUUCCUGCUAGCCUACGUGCUCGCAAUCAUCAUGUUCGUGUGGUUCAAAGGCCGUCCUGCACGGGAACGACUUCCAAGUCGCUGGAAACCCAUGGAGUCCAAGGAGAGUUAG